AUGAUUAGAGGCGAUUGGCGUUCCGGAACCGGCGAAGUAAAGCGGCACGAGCGCAGCGAUUACGCCGCGAUCCCGCAUUGCAGUGACCUUGCUGUGCAGGGUACUCUUGACGAGAAAAAUUACAGGAAUAUUUUCUUUUUCUACGUUGUCAGCCCUUUAGCCGACGAGAUGGACGUGCAAGUCUUCACAAUCAACAAUGACCUUUGCCGUGAACGCUACGAGAUGCUCGACGACCCUUGGUACGUCGUGACCGAGAACAUGAUCUGUGUUGGAAUCCUGGAUGUGGGAGGCCGCGACGCCUGCCAGGGAGACUCCGGUGGCCCUCUCUACUUCCAGAACAUUCUCAUCGGAGUAAUAUCCUGGGGACAUCUCUGCGCUAACAAGACCUUCCCUGGAGUCAGCGUUGCUGUAUCAUCAUACAUAAACUGGAUCGUAGAAACCGCAGUUUUGUAA